CACUGCCCUAUGUAUAAACAACAAUGGCGGCUGUCACGUCGAGAGUAGAGGAGUUGAUUAAUUAUUUUAAGACACACAACAAAAUUCGCGAGCAGCAAAGUCAUUCGGCAAAAGUUCACAGCGUAGGAUGGAGUUGCGAUGGCAAGUUACUGGCUUCAGGCUCCUUCGAUAAGUCUGUUUGUAUAUUUUCGUUGUGUCCUGAUCGCUUGAAGCAGGAGACAACUUUCAGAGGACAUGGCGGCAGUGUGGAUCAACUUUGCUGGCAUGCAUUUUAUCCAGAAUUAUUAUCCACAGCAAGUGGAGACAAGACUGUUCGUAUUUGGGACACAAGGACACAGAAGUGUACGGCAAACAUUGGCACCAGAGGAGAGAAUAUCAACAUAUCUUGGUCGCCAGAUGGUAAUACCAUCGCGGUGGGGAACAAAGAGGACCUGGUUACUUUCAUUGAUGCCAGAGUAAUGAAGAUACGUGCAGAGGAGCAGUUCAACUUUGAGGUGAACGAGAUCUCAUGGAACAAGGACUCGGAUACUUUCUACCUGACAAAUGGUCAAGGUUGCGUCCACAUACUCAGCUACCCAGAACUGAAAUUGCUGCAUGUAAUCAAAGCACAUCCGGGUACCUGCAUUUGUAUCGAGUUCGACCCGACCGGUCGAUACUUUGCCACAGGAUCCGCAGACGCUCUGGUCUCCUUGUGGGACGCCGACGAGUUGUGUUGCCUGAGAACAUUUUCGAGGUUGGAAUGGCCUGUCCGGACUAUCUCUUUCUCGUACGACGGCCAAUUACUGGCAGCCGCGUCGGAAGACUUGGUUAUUGAUAUCGGUGAAGUGGAGACUGGCGAGAAGAUUACCGAUAUCACAGUGGAGGCGGCAACCUUCACCGUCGCCUGGCAUCCGAAGCAGUAUCUCCUGGCUUACGCGUGUGACGACAAAGACACGUACGAUCGAAAACGCGAUGCCGGCAGCUUAAAGGUGUUUGGCUUUGCCAAUGAGUGAAAUUAUUUUGUAGCGCCUGUAUCGGUACUGCCAUUGGUGUAUUGCCCGAGAUACAUCUUGUUUUUAUAAAUAAACACAGCAAUAUGGGGCAGGAA